AUGGGAAGCCAACAAUUUGAAUGCUGCUAUCUGACUUUGGCGAGACUGACUUACACGACUUCACAACUAGUAUCGCACGCUGCCCUAGCCAAUCUGCAGGCACUAUUGCUCCUCUCUGCAAGACACAUGGCAGCUCAGAAUGCGAAUUAUGAUGAAGUUUCUGCAAGAUACUGGCAGAGUUUCGCAGUAAGGAUCAUUGAAAAAGCGAAGGAAAACUUGCAAUACUCGUUGCGGCGCGAGACCAGAGGUGCCAAUGCCGCCAAAUAUAAAGACCGACGUAUGGCAACUCUCGCCAUGCUGACAUAUGCCAUUGGCAAAACGAACCAUUUCACGAAAGGCAAUGGAAUCGUAUCAUAUUAUACAUGGACCGGGAUAGUGGAAGAAAGUACUUUCGUGCUGCGCAAGUAUGAUACGACCAGGUCGAAAGUGACUGUUGAAUCUAUGAGACAAUCGGUCAAAGACUUGCAAAUGGAUCAAGCUCGAGGGACCCGAUCGCACGCUCAGCAUCAAACAGGGCCCUAUCCUCGCCUGGACGACUUUCCUCGACUCGAAACGCCAACUUCGGACAGCGAUAUCGAAGCUGUUGCGGAAAAGGAUAACGAAACCGGACAGCAUGCAAACGUCAUUGAGAGUUUGGAGGUCGACAAGGAAGGACACGAUAUCAGAUUCACGGAGCUCCUCGAGAGACGAAAGCAGCGAUUGGGAAAUAUGCUUGUCAAAACUAAGAAUGGAGAUCGCCCGUAA